GGCGCCCUGGCCAGGCAAGAUGGCGGCGCCCGUGGACCUGGAGCUGAAGAAGGCGUUCGCGGAGCUGCAGGCCAAGGUGGCGGACACGCAGCAGAAGGUGAAGCUGGCCGACCUGCAGAUCGAGCAGCUGGGCAGGAGCAGGAAGCACGCGCACCUCACCGACACCGAGAUCAUGGCGCUGCUGGACGGGACCCGCAUGUACGAGGGUGUGGGCAGGAUGUUUAUUCUUCAAUCUAAAGGAGUGAUUCAUAAUCAGCUCUUAGAAAAACAGAGAAUAGCGGAAGAGAAAAUUAAGGAAUUAGAGCAGAAGAAGUCGUACCUGGAGCGGAGCGUGAAGGAGGCGGAGGACAACAUCCGGGAGAUGCUGCUGGCCCGAAGGGCACAGUAGCUGCCAGCUCCUGCCCGGC